UGAGCUUCAUUCAUCUUGACUACAUCGCUGUCGCGGAAAAGCAAGAGGGGGAAGGAAGACCUGGGCACAGAGAAAUGGAUGACGAACCCGAAAGAACCAAACGGUGGGAAGGUGGUUAUGAAAGAACAUGGGAAGUGCUUAAAGAAGAUGAGUCUGGAUCAUUGAAGGCCAGUAUAGAGGAUAUUCUUUUUAAGGCCAAGAGGAAACGAAUCUAUGAACAUCAUGGACAAGUUCGACUUGGGAUGAUGCGCCACCUGUAUGUAGUGGUCGAUGGGUCAAGGACGAUGGAAGACCAGGAUUUAAAACCGAACAGGCUGACUUGCACCUUAAAGCUCUUGGAAUAUUUUGUUGAAGAAUACUUUGACCAAAAUCCUAUUAGUCAGGUUGGCAUUAUUGUAACAAAGGGUAAAAGAGCUGAAAAACUGACUGAGCUUUCAGGGAAUCCAAGAAAACAUAUAGCUGCUCUGAAGAAAGCUGUAGACAUUUCGUGUCAUGGAGAGCCAUCGCUAUAUAAUGCCCUAAAUCUAGCCACACAGACAUUAAAGCACAUGCCAGGACAUACAAGCAGAGAGGUUUUGGUAAUAUUCAGCAGUCUAACAACAUGUGAUCCUUCUAAUAUAUACGACCUAAUUAAGUGUUUAAAGGCGAUCAAAGUCAGAGUGUCUGUCAUAGGCCUUUCUGCUGAAGUUCGCGUUUGCACUGUUCUUGCUCGGGAAACUGGUGGAACCUAUCAUGUAAUUUUAGAUGAAAGUCAUUACAGGGAACUCCUGAUGCAGCAUGUCAGUCCACCACCUGCCUGUUCAAGUUCUGAAAGCUCCCUUAUUCGAAUGGGCUUUCCUCAGCAUACUAUCGCGUCUCUUAGUGAUCUGGAUGCAAAACCAUCAUUUAGCAUGGCGCACCUGGAAAACAGCAAUGAAUCAGGUCUUACUUUGGGAGGGUAUUUCUGCCCGCAGUGCAGAGCCAAAUACUGUGAGCUUCCUGUGGAAUGCAAAGUGUGUGGUCUUACACUGGUAUGUGCACCUCACCUGGCUCAAUCUUAUCAUCACCUAUUUCCUUUGGAUGCCUUUCAGGAAGUCCCGGUAGAACUGUAUAAAGGAGAACGCUAUUGUCAAGGUUGCCAAGGAGAAAUCAAGGAUCAACAUCUCUACAUUUGUAAAGUCUGCCAGAACGUGUUUUGUGUGGAAUGUGACCUUUUUGCUCACGAUAUUCUGCACUGCUGUCCCGGCUGCAUUCACAAGCACCCUGUUCCUCCCUGUCUAUGAUACCACCGAUUGCUGGACUGUACUUGUUACAUUCUUGUGCAGAAAGUCGACUUUGUCUAUUCAGAAAAUGUAUUUGGCAACAUACCUUAAAGAUAAAGAAGAAUAAAUUAUUUAUCUUUGUGGUAAUGAGCAUUUUAUUUUCUCACCAACUCUGUAAUACACACACAAACAUAUAC